AUGAUCGAGUGUGAGGAUAACUGGAACUGUCAGCUCGAGGACAUUACCUAUACUGCCAAGGAUGGUAAGAUAUCACAGCUUGAGCAUGUCUUCAUUCGAGGCAGCAAAGUCAGGUUUAUGAUCAUACCAGACAUUCUCAAGCAAGCUCCAAUGUUCAAGCGCUUAGAUGCUAGAAUCAAGGGAAAGAGCUCAUCACUUGGUGUUGGCAGAGGUAGAGCUGCAAUGCGAGGGAAAGCUCCAGCUACUGGUCGUGGAACCGGAGGAAGGGGAGCGGUACCACCAGUGAGGAGAUGA